AUGCCUCUCACCGGACACUGCCUCUGCAAAGCCGUCACCUACACGGCCGACGUCGACGCACCCCUCGUUACCGGCUACGAUCACUGCGACGACUGCCAACGCCAGACUGGCUCAACCUACUCUCUCGUCGCCGUCGUCCCCAAAGACAAGCUGACCAUCAACGGCCCCGUCAAGACGUGGACCGGCACGGCCGCCUCCGGAAACAAAGUCGACCGACUCUUCUGCUCCGAGUGCGGCUCUCCCAUUGCCCACGACCCUUCAGCUGCCCCGGAAAUCAUUGUCCUCAAGGCUGGCACUCUCGACACCGAGAUUAAGAAGAACUUGAAGCCUGACACUGAAAUCUGGACCGCCGGCAAACUGCCUUUCUGCCAGGAGCAUCUGGCCAAGCCUUUCAAGUUCAUGCCAGAGUAA